CCUCUCUAUAUCUCCUUUCUCUGUUUUCCCUCUCUCUCCCUAUCUCUUUCUCUGUCCUCUUUUUUCUCUCUCCAUAAUUUCCACCAAAAUCCCACAUCGCCUAGGAAGGAAACUAAUUAAACUUAAAGCCCCUUUCUUUCUCUCUUUUUAGCAGUCUCUUCUCUAGUUUUUCUCUCCCCUCAUUGCUGACAAUUCACAUUUAAGUCUGUACAAAGUUUUUGCCCACACUUUUUUUUUCUUUUUCCUCUUGAAUUUUUUUUCCUUUUAAAAAAAUAAAAAUAAACGUAAGGUGCCAGCAUUUCAGGUGGGUUGGGAGUCCACAUGGGGAGGCACUCUUGUUGUUACAAGCAGAAGCUCAGAAAAGGGCUGUGGUCACCAGAAGAAGAUGAAAAACUUCUUAAUUAUAUCACCAAGCAUGGACAUGGCUGCUGGAGCUCUGUCCCUAAGCUAGCUGGUCUGCAGAGAUGUGGAAAAAGCUGCAGGCUAAGGUGGAUAAAUUACUUGAGGCCUGAUUUGAAAAGAGGCCCAUUUUCACAACAGGAGGAGAAUUUGAUAAUAGAACUUCAUGCAGUUCUUGGCAACAGAUGGUCACAGAUUGCAGCCCAGUUACCAGGAAGAACAGAUAAUGAGAUUAAAAACUUAUGGAAUUCUUGCAUUAAGAAGAAACUGAGGCAAAAAGGGAUUGACCCAAAUACUCACAAGCCACUAUCUGAGGUGGAAAAUGACAUUGGUAAAUUGGACAAGGCUUCCUCCAUGACCAACAAAGCUGGCAAUAACAACAAUGAGAAUAAUUCUACUGUUAAAGCUUCUUCAUUAGGAACCUUAUCCAAUGAUCAUCACCACCACCACCACCAUCAUCUGAAUCUGGCCGAGUCACAACCGUCAAUCACCAUUGAUCGCUACCCACUAUUGGAAGUCUCUUCCGCAACUCCGCCGACACAAGAAUUCUUCAUAGAAAAGUCAGAUGUAGUGUCAAACACGACCAGUAGUUGCAGACCUUCUGAUUUUGCUAGCUACUUCUCGUUCCACUCCAAUAAUUAUGGUACGACGUCGUCUUCUCAGGAUCAAAACAACAACAACAGCAUGGCUAGUUUCUGCUUCAACAUUAAUCAAAGUUCCACGACUUCUACUAGGCCGCCGCCAUCUUCAAACUCCAACAAUUUGAGUCCAGUACAUCAUCAUCAUCAUCAUCAGCAGCAGCAGCAGCAUGAUCAUCAUCAUCAUCACCAGAUGAUUAGUAGUCUCAUCCCACCUCCAGUCUCGAGCUGCUCAAUCUUCUCAUCAUCACCAUCAUCAACAACAUCAUCAUCAUCACCGACGAAUCCACGUGUAAAGCCCUCCAUAAGUCUCCCCUUAUCUGAUCACCAAAACCCUUCAACGGUUUCUUGUGAAGUCAACAACAAUAACGGAGUAGUAGUCCAGAAUUGGGAAGCUAGUACUUUCAGCAACAAUGGAAGUAGUAGCAGUAGCUGCAAUAUCGAAUUACAAAGCCAAGGUAACAACUUUUUUGAUAACAGUAACUCCACCACCGCUGCCGCCGCCACUGCCGCCGCCGCCACUACUACUGUUCCUCCUAAUGCUGCUAACUUCUCUUGGGGACUAGUCCCCGAAAGUGGUACCAUAAAAUCUGAUGACCCAGAAGACAUAAAAUGGUCUGAAUAUCUCCAUAGCCCGUUUCUCCUUGGAGCAGCUAGUAAUAAUCAAAACUCUUCUCAACCCAUUUUGUACAGUAACAUUGUGAAACCAGAAUCACACUUUACUACAGGAUCAAACUCCACGUGGCAUCAGAACGAGCAUAAUCACCAUCAUCAUCAGCUACAAGCGGCUUCAUCAGAAAUAAUGUACACUAAUAAAGAUCUACAGAGACUUGCCGUAGCUUUUGGACAAACCCUUUAGUUCAAAACUUAUAUUGUGUGUUUUUCUUGUACUAUUAAUUAAACAUAUGUUAAGAGAGAGAAAGAGAGAGCGGGCGAGGAAAGGGACGAGAAUAUUACGGAAGUUUAUAUGAUCAGUUUGAGAAGAAGACUGAAGAAGCUUAGGGGUGAGGGUUGGCUUUGGAAAAUGACAGUACUAUACUCUUCUCUGGGGUUACUUAAUUACAGGUGUGUGUGCCAUAGAAAAUUAAUGUUUUUUUUUUUUGAAUUUUUUGUAAAUGUGUUUAUCAUACCCAACUUUCUCAUCAGGCUUUUGUUACCGAAUUAUAUAUCUUAAUUUGUGAUUUUUAUUUGA